AUGAAGAAGACGGAGAAUUUCAGAGGAGUUUGCAACAAAGACGCUGAGAAUUUUCGAAUAAGGAAGGAGAAAAAGGCGGAGAGAGAUUUUGCAUUCUGGGGUCUCUUCGAUGUUUCACUUUCUCUGUGUGUUUGCUGCUAA